AUGCUCUCCUCACGCAAAAUUGCCUCUUCAUCUCAGGGGCCGCAAAAAAGCAUUGUCUUCUUCCACCCAGAUCUUGGGAUUGGUGGAGCAGAACGGCUGAUUGUUGAUGCUGCCGUCGGUUUACAAGAGCGGGGAAACAAGGUCGUCAUCUUCACUUCUCAUUGUGAUCCCCAACACUGUUUUGAAGAGGCCCGAGAUGGCACCUUAGAUGUCCGAAUACGCGGAAACACUCUCUUCCCUCCUUCUUUCCUUGGUCGUUUUCAUCUCCUCCUCGCCAUUCUUCGCCAGACCCACCUUGUUCUGUCGAUUGCGCUCUGGAGUAAUGAACUGGACAAACUUCGCCCCGACAUCUUUGUUGUCGAUCAGCUCUCAGCCUGCGUUCCCCUGCUACGAUGGUUGUACCCUGGUCGCCAACGGACUUUAUUCUAUUGUCACUUUCCUGAUCAAUUACUUGCCAAUCGCCGAGCUCGCGGUAUUCUAGGGUUGGCAAAGAAAAUAUACAGGUUUCCCUUUGAUUGGCUGGAGGGUUGGAGCAUGAGGGGGAGCGACCGAAUAGUCGUUAACUCGGCUUUUACCAGGUCUGUUGCCUCGAGGAUUUGGCCGUCAUUAGCCGGCUCAUUAGGCGUCAUAUAUCCCUGCGUGAAUGUCGAAGAAAAAGGCCGACAAGAUGAAAUAGACCAGAAGCCAUUGUGGGAUGGCCAAUUCAAGAUUCUUCUGAGCAUCAAUAGAUUCGAAAGGAAGAAGGACAUCGGCCUGGCUCUCCAAGCAUACCGAGAACUGUCCGAUGCUGAUCGUGAAGCGACACGUUUGAUUAUAGCUGGAGGCUACGACCAGAGAGUCGGCGAGAAUGUUCAGUAUCACAAAGACCUCGUUGAUAUGGCCGAGGGUCUCGGAUUGUCAUCGGCUACAGCCAAAACGGUGCCCACGGCAUUAGCCAUACCCAACCAUAUCCAAGUCCUAUUCUUAUUGUCUGUACCUGGUCCAUUCAAGGCUACCCUAUUAAAGAAUGCCCGACUUUUACUUUACACGCCCACAAACGAACACUUUGGUAUCGUGCCAGUCGAAGCCAUGCACUAUGGUCUCCCGGUUCUUGCUUCAAAUACUGGAGGGCCUCUGGAAACGGUCGUGGAGGGGAAAACAGGUUGGUUGCGCGAUGUAUCCAAGGUGGAUGAAUGGGCUGCCAUUAUGAGGAAGGUUUUGCAUGAACUCGACAGCGCCGAACUGAAGAAAAUAGGUCAGAAUGGAAGGGAAAGAGUCAGGGAGCAGUUUACGAGAAGCACCAUGGCCAGUAAGCUCCACGACGAAGUGACGCAGAUGCUCGGCAGCAAAAGAAGCGUUUUCCUUGAAAGGAAGGAUAUUGUUCUAGCCCUUUGGCUCGGGACAGCGUUUCUGGCUGCAUUUGUAGCGACGAUUAUCAAGGCGAAGUAUGGUCGAGGAGACAGGAGAGCGACUGAGUUCGCGCGGGCUCGGAGGAUGCACUCAAACUCGGACCCAGAGCUGCCAUUGUUCGGCGGCAAGGCACAAUAG